ACAGUGAGAAGAGAGCAUAGCCUGGAAGGUGGGGGUCAAUGAUGAUGGAUGUUGCUUUCCUGUGGAGAAGGAAGACUGGACUCUUUCCCUCUUUUUUUUCAUCCCCUUUGCAGAUUAGUCCUCCUUGUGGUGCUGUUGUCUCAACAUCUGCGAUCCUGUACAGUCCCGAUUUGGAGGUGGAGAAAAUCCAAAGGAUUUGAUAUUUGGAUUCGAGUCCCCAUCUUUAGAAUAUUUUCGCUGUUCCUGCCGAUCAUUUUUAUGUGGAUCCUGUGCGGGAACCUGCAGGAAGGAGCUGCCAUGAAUCCUUAUCCGGGUGGAGUUUUCCAGGGAAUUCUCGGCACCAACGACACAGAGCUGGUGCCGUGGUUUAGAGUCCCGCUCCCAGGUCAAUGGGGAGUGCCCAGGGUCAACAUUCGGGCACUCUAUUUGGGAACCAUCAUGGCACUGGGUGCCAGCAUCAGCUCAGUAGGCUGUUACACGAUGUGUGCAAAGGUGACGGGCUUGCUGCACCCACCAAGAGAUUCCUGUAACCGAGGCAUUUGCCUGGAAGGACUCGGAAGUUGCCUUAGCGCUGUCCUAGGAGGCAUUUCAGGAACGUCAUCCAGUAUUCCCAACGUUGGAGCUUUGGCGCUAACACAGGUGCAAUCCCGGCAUUCCAUUCAGAUUGCUGCCGUGUUGUGUAUCCUGGUCGGAAUGUCAGCCAAGCUGACCUACUUCCUCUCCACCAUUCCGAUGGCCAUCCACGGUGGGGUUCUCAGUGUUACGUACACAAUGGCAGUGUCCAUAGGAGUUUCCUAUUUCCAGUACACGAACAUCGAUUCCGGCCGCAACAUCUUCAUCAUCGGAUUUACCAUGUUCAUGGCACUUCUCACCCCUCAAUGGUUCAGACUCAAUUCGGAAUAUAUCGCAACAGGUGUUACCAGCCUGGAUCUGCUUCUUUUGGCUCUGCUGUUGACUCCAGUGAUUCAAGGAGGGCUUCUGGCUUUUCUCCUGGAUAACACUGUUUCAGGGACAUCAACAGAGCGGGGACUGGUGGCAGGUUUCCCUGGCUUCCACUCAUGGCCAGAAGGUGAAGGCAUUCGUCAGCCACAGGAACUGACCCGCGUACCGCAGCUCCCUGGUGGUGUGCGCACAGUUUUGAAACACCUGUGCCCGAAGUUCUUUCCUUUCCACAACCUUUGUCCACUCUCAGAACCAGCACAGGAACGUACAGAAGUUGAGGAAAACAAGGGCUUGCUCCCGGUUCCCAUUCUCCAGAAAAGUUAAGGGAAAAAAAGGUUUUCCAAGGCCUCCAAGAUUCCAAGUAUUCGAGAUUGACUCUACUGAAACUAAAACAUAACAGGGAAAAAAAAGCGCACGAGUCUUUUGUCUUUUUCAUUACCUUUGCACAUUAACUACAGAGGAAUUUUUGGGAGAUGGGGCUGUUCAGACAGAUGGGUUUGGAUGAAGGAUGCAAGAUUUAGAGUUGGUGAUGUAAAGGACAUUUGGAUUUUCUGACCUUUUGGGUUGUCUUGGAACCUACAGAGUAAAAAUAAUCUCUGAUACAGCAGGGGAUGGGUGAGACACAAAAAAUAAGAAUUUUCACUGCUUUGGUAAGUUAUAAUAAAAAUUGAGAGUUGGGAAAGAAGAGUUGGGUAUUGUAAAACUUGACAGAUAUUGUCCAACUGGGUUAAGAAUUACUUGCUUUUAAACUGGUUGCAGGAAGGGUGUAAGCACCUGUGAUCAUGGGUUUUGGGGAUGAACGUGAGAACCAGGAAACAUGCAGGCAGCAUGGCAGUUAGUGUAACGCUAUUACAGCACCGGCAACCUGGGUUUCAUUCCCGUCACUGUCUGUGAGGAGUUUGUAUGUUCUCCCCAUGACCACAUGGGUUUCAUCCAGGUGCUCCGGUUUCCUCUCACAGUCCAAAGUUGCAUGGGCUAGUAAGUUAAUUGUUCAUGUGAAUGGUCUGGGCUCAUUAGGCUGAAGAAAAUGUCUGUUGUCAUGCUGCAUCUCUAAAUAAAAAAUAAAAAUUAACAGC